GGUGAUGUGGGAUUCCUUAAUAGGCAAAAGUACAAGCAACAGUGGGAGCUGCUGGAGAAUUGUUCAUUACCGGAACCAUCCUGUCAGCUGUCUGCCAAUGAAUUUUCCUGCCAUUGUUGUUAUGAAAUAUUAGUAAACCCAACCACUCUAAACUGUGGACAUAGUUUCUGCCGACAUUGCUUGGCACUAUGGUGGGACGCUUCCAGGAAAACAGAAUGUCCAGAAUGCAGAGAAAAAUGGGAGGGAUUUCCUAAAGUUAACAUUGUCUUAAGGGAUGCUGUUGAGAAAUUGUUCCCUGAUGAUGUUAAACGACGACAGAAGGAGAUGCAGAACAACAUAAAAAUCUCAAGUAGCAUUUUGGCUUUCCAGAAAUAUGGUAAUGAACAAUCAAAAGCUAUCAACAACUCGGGUCAAUGGCGACAAGGAGGUGGCUUUUUCUCAGGAGUACUAACUUCUCUAACUUGUGUGGCAGUGGUGUUUCUAGUUUAUCUCUGGAGCAGAGAAACUGAACAAGAUCUUUUAGUACACAAACCUGUGACUAAAUGGACUGCAAAGGAAGUGACUCUCUGGUUAGAGCAGUUGGGCCAAUGGGCUACUGUUUACAAGGAAAGGUUUUUACAGGAAGAAGUUAAUGGAAGGCUAUUAUUGACUCUAGGUGAAGAAGAGUUUUCAAAGCCUCCUUUCAACAUUGAGAGACAGCUUCAUAGAAAAGCCAUACUCAUGGAAUUGGACAAUGUGAAAGCACUUGGAGUGAAACCCCCUCAGAAUUUAUGGGAAUACAAGGCAAUGCAUGUAGGCAAGUCACUGUUUCUGCUGUAUGCACUGAAAAGCUCCCCACGGUUGACCAUGCUGUAUCUCUACCUGUUUGAUUACUCAGAAAUAUUUCUGCCACUUAUUCACACCAUUUCUCCUGAGAAAACCGAGACAACUGAGGAUGCAGAUAUUUUUCGCAAAUACUGGUCUGAAGAUAUCAGCUUGAAGCAAUGGGCUGAGUUCCUUGUGAAAUACUCCCUAAUUCCAUAUCAGUUAAUUGCUGAAUUUGCUUGGGAUUGGUUGGAUAUGCACUACUGGACGUCACGUUUUAUAAUUGUGAACGCAGUACUUCUAUCAGUCCUGGAAGGUUUUGCAUUCUGGAGACUUUGGAUGAGAGGAGGAUUCAGGGCUAUUCCUCAGAAAAUGUGGAGUCACUUCUGGAAGGUAUCAAGCCAAGGAAUCCUUGUUGCUAUUUUGUGGCCAAUAAUUCCUCAAUUUGUUUGUGACUGUUUAUUUUACUGGGCUUUGUACUUCAAUCCAAUCAUAAAUAUUGACCUGGUAGUCAAGGAAAUCCGACAUUUAGAAACUGAAGUCCCAUGAACUUGUGACUGGAAUGGUGCCUCAGAGCAGCUUAUAUUUAAAAAAAAAAAACUAUUAAUGGUGUACAUCUUUGUAAAUACACAUUCAUGGUGUCUAGGUACUGUAUUUGCAAACAGAUUGAAGCAAAUAUUCAGAAAUUACUGUAUAAUUCAGGUUUAAAGAACUGAAAUUUUAAAUCUGUAUUUCUAUUUCAACUGUGCAGAAGGUAAUAUGUUAUGACUGUGGACUGACUAUCAUUCUGUCAGAAUAUUAUUCAGUAAAAACUACUGCAAGCAACUGAUUUCCUCCAAUUAUAACUUCUAAAUUUCUCCCUUGCCUGAAUGUGUUUCCUCCUUUCAAACUUCACCCAGGAAAACCUUUGCUUUUCCAUCUGGGGGAGGUCAUCUUAUAUAAUUCACUAAUACUUGCAGUUCUGCAAACUGUGUGUACACAAGUCAUCUUUGUUUCCUUGUGUGUCAAGGGCUAAAGUACAUCAUGUAUCAUAAUGUAAAUUGUGGACAGAAGACAAAGUUUCAACCCUUGUAUUUAACAUCUGUCUUAUUUAUUUAACUGAAUUUUUGAAGUUGAAUAUGAAAUCUAAAUUUUUGUAAUCAAUUUGCUGAAUACUCUAUUUUUGCAUUUCUUUUAUGGUUAAUUGUACUAGAAUACUACAUUGUUAAAGUGGUAAAGCUGGUUGAAUGUGAAUGGUAACCCACAAUCUUGUUUUGUAUCAUUGAAAUUAUCAAUUUCAGAAAAGUAACUAGUUUUUUUAAAUGCCUAAAUUUGACUUUUUACAGAAGAUUAAAAUUGUUGUUUGUCACUUGCAUCUGUCUCAUUAAAAAGGAAAUGUGCAACA